CCCUGCGCGCCUGCGCAGAUCAUUCAAAGCAGAAGGUUGCAUUUGGAGGAAGUGUUGCGUGGGUCCCGUGACUGAGCUGCCGUUACUACUUUUCGGAACCUCUUCUCGGCCGGUGGUCGGGACCCUCUGCCGCCAAGAUGCCUCGAAUUAUGAUCAAAGGGGGCGUGUGGCGGAAUACCGAGGAUGAAAUUCUGAAAGCAGCGGUAAUGAAAUAUGGAAAAAACCAGUGGUCUAGAAUUGCCUCCCUGUUGCAUAGGAAAUCAGCAAAGCAGUGCAAAGCCAGAUGGUAUGAGUGGCUGGAUCCAAGCAUUAAGAAGACAGAAUGGUCCAGAGAAGAGGAGGAAAAACUCUUGCACUUGGCUAAAUUAAUGCCAACUCAGUGGAGGACCAUUGCUCCCAUCAUUGGGAGAACAGCAGCCCAGUGCUUGGAGCACUACGAAUUUCUCCUGGACAGAACUGCCCAAAGAGACAAUGAAGAGGAAACGACAGACGAUCCACGAAAACUUAAACCUGGAGAAAUAGAUCCAAAUCCAGAGACAAAGCCAGCACGGCCUGAUCCAAUUGAUAUGGAUGAGGAUGAACUUGAGAUGCUUUCUGAAGCUAGAGCCCGCCUGGCUAAUACGCAGGGGAAGAAGGCCAAGAGGAAAGCAAGAGAGAAACAGUUGGAAGAAGCAAGGCGUCUUGCUGCCCUCCAGAAACGAAGAGAACUUCGAGCAGCUGGCAUAGAAAUUCAGAAAAAAAGAAAAAGGAAGAGAGGAGUCGAUUAUAAUGCCGAAAUCCCCUUUGAAAAGAAGCCUGCCCUUGGUUUUUAUGACACUUCUGAGGAAAACUACCAGGCCUUGGAUGCAGAUUUCAGGAAAUUAAGACAGCAGGACCUUGAUGGAGAGCUGAGAUCCGAAAAAGAAGGAAGAGAUAGAAAAAAAGACAAACAGCAUUUGAAACGGAAAAAGGAAUCUGAUUUACCAUCAGCUAUUCUCCAAACCAGUGGUGUUUCUGAAUUUACUAAAAAGAGAAGCAAACUAGUGCUUCCUGCUCCUCAGAUUUCAGAUGCGGAGCUCCAGGAAGUGGUGAAAGUGGGCCAAGCCAGUGAAAUAGCCCGGCAGACUGCCGAGGAGUCGGGCAUCACAAACUCCGCUUCCAGUACUCUCCUGUCUGAGUACAACGUCACCAACAACAGCAUUGCCCUUCGGACACCCCGGACACCGGCUUCCCAGGACAGAAUCCUGCAGGAAGCCCAGAACCUCAUGGCCUUGACCAAUGUGGACACCCCAUUAAAAGGAGGACUCAACACCCCAUUGCAUGAGAGCGAUUUCUCAGGUGUGACUCCACAGCGGCAAGUUGUUCAGACCCCAAACACAGUUCUCUCUACCCCAUUCAGGACUCCUUCUAAUGGAACAGAAGGGCUGACUCCCCGGAGUGGAACAACCCCCAAGCCAGUGGUUAACUCUACCCCUGGCAGAACUCCACUUAGAGAUAAAUUAAACAUUAAUCCUGAGGACGGGAUGGCAGACUACAGUGAUCCCUCUUAUGUGAAGCAGAUGGAAAGAGAAUCUCGUGAACAUCUCCGUUUAGGGUUGAUGGGCCUUCCUGCCCCCAAGAACGAUUUUGAAAUUGUUCUGCCAGAAAAUGCUGAGAAGGAACUGGAAGAACGUGAAGUGGAUGAUACGUACAUUGAAGACGCUGCUGAUGUGGACGCUCGCAAGCAGGCCAUACGUGAGGCAGAGCGUGUAAAGGAGAUGAAACGAAUGCACAAAGCUGUCCAGAAAGAUUUGCCAAGACCUUCUGAAGUAAAUGAAACUAUUCUAAGACCGUUAAAUGUAGAACCACCUCUAACAGAUUUACAGAAAAGUGAAGAAUUAAUAAAAAAAGAAAUGAUUACAAUGCUUCAUUAUGACCUUCUACAUCACCCCUACGAACCUGCUGGAAAUAAGAAAGGAAAAACUGUAGGAUUUGGUACCAAUAACUCAGAGCACAUCACCUAUCUGGAACAUAAUCCUUAUGAAAAGUUCUCUAAAGAAGAGCUGAAGAAGGCCCAGGACAUUCUGGUGCAGGAGAUGGAAGUGGUCAAACAAGGAAUGAGUCACGGAGAACUCUCCAGUGAAGCCUAUAACCAGGUGUGGGAAGAAUGCUACAGUCAAGUUUUGUAUCUUCCUGGACAGAGCCGCUAUACACGGGCCAACCUAGCUAGCAAAAAGGACAGGAUUGAAUCGCUUGAAAAGAGGCUGGAGAUAAAUAGGGGUCACAUGACGACAGAAGCCAAGAGGGCGGCUAAGAUGGAAAAAAAGAUGAAAAUUUUGCUUGGAGGCUACCAGUCCCGUGCCAUGGGGCUCAUGAAGCAGCUGAAUGACCUAUGGGACCAAAUUGAGCAGGCGCACUUGGAGCUGCGCACUUUUGAAGAACUCAAGAAACAUGAAGAUUCUGCCAUUCCCCGGAGGCUGGAGUGUCUAAAAGAAGAUGUGCAGAGACAACAGGAAAGAGAAAAGGAGCUUCAGCAGAGAUAUGCUGAUUUGCUGCUGGAGAAGGAGACUUUAGAGUCAAAAUUUUGAAGCGCAGAAUCCAUCCUGUUACAGGGCAAAUUAGCUGCUGAGUUUCCUCACUCGACUGAUGCUGAUGGUUAUCUUUGUGACAAAUCGACUCACUGUCUGUGGCUUUUGGUUAUUUUAAAUGGUCUUGAUCAUAUACAUCCUGUUAGUUGUUAAAGACAUCUAACUCCAAAGGACACAUGAGGUUUAAAUUAUUAAGACGAUCAUUUUUUCACCAGUGUCGUAUUUGCAAGAUUUUUUUAGGUUUGGUCUUUAAUUAAAAAGCUUGACUCUAAAGUACUGCCUGUGAGUAAACCCUUGAAUAAAAACAAAAUAUAACAAUUACGGAUGUAGCCUUUUGUUUGUAGAUGCUUAGAUGCCCACAAACCAGGCCCUGUGUGCUCUGUUGCUUAAUGAGUCACCCGGGGUGGUGGUGAGAUGGUUGGUGUCUGGAGACUGCUGUGGCUUUGGCACAGAGCAGCUAUCUCUGCACUGACUCAGGAAAGAGUCACUUUGUGAGACCUCGGAUUUAUCUUCAGUGUCACUUUAGGAAGGGCCUCUUCUCUGCUGGCUACUUACGCAGUUUAUGGAUUGUGACUUACGAGUUUUAGUAUUUCUUGAGUUGUUAUUUUCUUGUGAGCACUUUUUGACAGCUUUGAAAAGUCUUUCAACAAGGCAGUCAAACUUCUUAGUUCUACAAAUCAGUUACACAAGUACAGUAUUUGGAAAAUGAGUGGAAGUGGAGAAAUUAGUUUUAUAACAGUUCUAUAAAAGUACCAUGUUAGUUGCUUCCAGGCUCAUAACGGGCUAACGAUGUGUUGGACUGACCAAAAGAGUUUGACUGGUUUCGAAAUGUUAGAGACCAUGGCGGGGAGGAGGGGUGCACUCAUUCCCACACCAGUAUUGAUUGGGUAGAUACACUAUGCCAGAGUCUUAGAGACAGGACGGCGAAGCAAAUAGGCUUCCUGCCUGCUUUGUAGGGUUUUCGGUCUGUUGAGAGCGACAGUUGAACUCCAAACAGUGUUAGAGAUGAGUUCAUUAAGACAGAACCCUAUGAGAACGUUCUAAGCAAAGGAAUGCAGCAUCCAGUUGGUUCUAGUGAUUUCUCCUUGUUUUUCAGGGAAUACACUGAUAGCAUCUUGUGAUGGUGUUUCUUCUAAUAGUUUUUCACUGCAUGUUUUAUUGACUUACAUUUGGUAUCAUGUUAGAUAAUGCUGGUAGUAGAUUCUUGUUUUGUGGUUUUAAUGGGAAUAUCCACUGUGUUUUACUUUUAAAUUGGCUAUUCUGAGUUACCUAGAAAGGUAGUAUUCUCUGUUUUUUUUUUUUUUUUUGUUGUUGUUGAGUUUGAAUUAGAAGUGCUCCAGAAUCUUGUCGAGUAUACCUUUAGGAAAUGUUACAGUUUUUCCUGGUUGAUGUGUUGGUGACUUACAGUAAUAGAUUUUCUGAUGUUAAACAAUCUCUGUACUUCUGGACCCAGUUAUGUUCUUUUUUUAAAAAUUACAUUUACUAUUUUUUUUUUGCAUUUUAUGUAGACUUCUCUAGUCUUAAAAUAGUUGAACUACUACUAAUAAAGACUCAGUUUGCAAACUCUCAGAAUUGAAAUAACAUGCAUACUUAUACCUAAAGAAAUUCACCACAAUUUUAGCUUUAAAGUAGAGUCUCAGUGCAUUGUAAACUGCUUAAGCUUUUGUCACACUGCAAUGCCACUAUCCCUGGCAGACUCACAUGCCUCAUCCCUUGCAGGUGUCCUGGAGGGCCCGGGCCCCUCCCUAGCACCAGCCUGACCUGUGUGGGACUGUUCCAGCCCACCUGGGAGGUGCUCAGUACAGGAGGUAUUGGUUCUGAAAGCCGUAUUCAAGUCCCGGUGACUUUAGGGUGGAAAGUAAACCUGAGCAAGCAAAACGAGAUUAUGCUGAAAUACUACCAAAUAAAAUCAAAGGAAAUAUAUUUUGGUCGCUGCAGACUUGCGCUGUCCAGCAUGCGGCCUCGCUAGGCAUCACGAGUCCUUGAGCGUGACCGCCUGCUGGUGUCGCAGGAUUAUUUGGCUUGUUUGUCUUCAUGUUAUGUAGACGUUUACAUUUUCACAUGAGCAGAGGAAUCUUUGGGGCUGUUGUACAAAUUGUAACAUUGGGAUUUUGCUGGCUCCACAAAGGAAAUGGAAUGGCUGUAUUUUUCUGUGCACUAAGCAGUUAUUGCAUGGUGGGGGUGGUUUGUUCCAUGGAAGACUGAAAGACUGCUUGUAAAACGUCCACAUUUAGAGCUCUGUUUGGAAAUGAUUUCUUGAUAAUUGUCAGCUUCUUUCAUGACUUAACCGUUUUUAAAUGUAAGCAACUGUAAGAUUUUCUGUUUUAAAAUAUAUUUCUCAUUUUAUUAUUUACUAAGUUUAUGUAAUCUAUAUUCUAGAAGAAUUUUUAUCUUGUUGAAAUUUAAUAAUUUUAUUGGGUAAUGGAAAAUAUUAGUAGAGAUUUCCAGUUUUGUCACUUUUGAGACAUUUACUUUGUCCUAGUUCUAUUUUUUACUUUUUAUUUGAUUAGUCUUAAAGCUUUUUCCCAUCUGAAAACUAGUAUCUUAUCUGUUACGAUUCUUUUUAUGUGGUUUAAAAUAAUUUCUCAUUUUAUAGUUAUUUUCUUCAGAUUUUUUUCUCAUUUUUGAGUGUGAUUGCUUAUUUUUCACUGAUACACAAAUGCCUAUGUUGAAGGCUUUUAAGUUACCUCUAAGUUAAAAAAUGUCAACAUCCCAGCCAUUUUGAUGUGUAGAAACCGUGUUUUCUAAAUAGUUUAUCAUUAACAUUUUAUUUCAACAAUUAAGAAUAUUUAAAAAUUUCUCUGGGUUUUUAAUUUUUUUUUUUUUUUUUUUUUUUUUGCUGCUGGGCACAGACCUAUAAUCCCAGCACUUGGGAGGCUGAGUCAGGAGGAUCACUGUGAGUUUGAGGCCAGCCUGGGCUACAUAAGAGAGUUCAAGGCCAGCCUGGGCUAUGCAGCAAGAUGCUGUCUCAGAAUAUAAAAGGGAGCUGGGGAUUUAGCUCAGCAGCACAAGUGCCUGCCUGACAACUGCAAGGUUGAGUUUGAUCCCUGGUACCAAAAAAGAAAAGAAAAAAAAAUUUUUUUUUUUUUUUUUCGCUACCUAUAGGAUUUUUAUGUUGUGGAAAGAAAAUACAAUUUAUGUAAUUUUUGCUUUUUAUAAUCUAUUGAGGUUUUGGGACCUAACAUCUUUAUUUGCUUUUUUCUCUUGUUUUGGGAGUUUUAAAACAUGGUCUUGCUCUGUAGUAGCCCAGGCUGGCCUUAAACUCACAGUGAUCCUUCUGUCUCAGCCUCCCAGGUGGUGGGAUUACAGGCCUGUGCAACCAUGUAUGGUGGGACCUAAGAUCUUUAAAAUGUGUUCCAUGGGUGUUUAAAAUGAAAAUUUAUUCAAUUUGCAUAUGACAGGUGCAGAUGUAUGAUUACCAUUCAAUUUAAUUUCAUUGUGCAAAUUUAAUUGUAUUGAUUCUAAACUAUAGAAUAGUGUUAAUUUUAAAUUCUGUUACAGUUCUCUCAUUUUCAUUUGUAUAGAGCUUUUGCUUUGUAAUUUUUUGGUACUGUUUUUAUUUUUUAUGGUACUGGGAAUCAGACUUACAACCUCGCACUUGCCAGGCAGGUGCUGUGCUGUUGAGCUAAAUCCCUGACUGCUGUUACUUAAUACACUGUAUAGUUCUUACAUCUGUUAUGUACAGUUCAUAAGAAAGAGUACUCUUAAGUUGCUUUUGUUUUUGUGGUGCUGGGGACUAAAUUGGGGGGUACUCUACUCCUGAGCUACAUCUCCACCUCUUUUUAUUUUGUGUUUUGAAACAAGGUCUUGGUAAGUUGCCCAGACUAACCUCAACCUUGAAGUGUAAUCCUCCUGCCUCAGCUUUUUGUGUAAUAGCGUGUAUGUGCCACUGCCUGGCAACUAUAUUGGGUUUUAUAUUUUGACACAUUUGGAGAGUUUCGUAUCUGAAUAGGAUCUAAUCCUUUGGGUUUUAUAUUAAUUACUGACUUUAGUCUGCUGUGAUCAUGCUGUAUUCCUCAGGGUCUUCUGGUGCUGUGGCAUGAGCGUGUCCCCAAAAUUCUCUGUUGGGGACCUGAGUUCCCACUGCAGCACUGUUGAGGUGGGACCCCUAAGGGGAGUUCACGCUGCUCUAGGGUGUAAACAGUUAUCAUCCAAGGAGUAGGCGUGGUGGCAGGAGAGGUUGGGCCUCUCUUCCUGCACACAGGCUCCCGUGCCCUCCACCUCCACCGUGGGAUGACCAGCAGGAACGCCUUGGCCAGAUGUGGCCCUUUGGACUUUGGACUUCCUGGCCUCCAAAACUGUAGGAAGUAACUUUCUGUUCUUUAUAAAUGAUUCCGUGUCAGGUAUUCUGUUAGAGCAGCACAAGGGAGGGCAAAAAGGGAUUUUGGAGCAGGCCAUUGAUUUUUGGUUGCCAUUGUUUUGGUAGUUUUGUGAUUUUGUAGUGAUUUUGUGAUUUUGGGAUUGUCAUUCAUUGUUUUACAAAAAUCACACCAAGGCCACUGUUUUCUUAACUUGUAAGAAUGCAGCAGUUGGCCAGGGAUUUAGCUCAGCGGCAUAAGCGCCCGCCUGGCAAGUGCAUAGUUGUGAGUUCGAUCCCCAGUACAAAAAAAAAAAUUACAGCAGUUAUCUGCACUGAUUUUAAUUCUAGUAAUAGCACGUGUGUGCCUGUUUGAGGGUUGUUUCAUGUGUUUCUGGGGAGCCUCUAGGAUGUGUACCCCGUUUCAUUUGUUCCCGGCUGUAUUCUUCAUCUGGGUGUUGUCCCUGGUGGCUGGUCCCAGUUGGGGUCCACUUUCCAUUUGCCUGGCCUCCUGGGUUUGGGUUACUUGUCAGAAGUGUUUGCUUGGUUCCUUAUUCUUUCUCAGCCUGCAUUAUUUCUUUGCAGGCUCCUUUAUUCCACAUUGUGGUCAGAUAUAAGGCCAACGCAGGGUAUUCAGAAAAUAGUAUCUGUUUUAAAAACUUCAUUUUCAUCAUUAAUGGGUGUGUUUUAUAAAGUCAGAUUCUGGGCAGACAGUGACCGCUAGUGUUUUGGGAGUUUGGGUUUUCUUUGUUUGGAUUUCUUGGGUUGGUUUUUACUCUUCAUAAAGUAGCAACCAAAAGCCCUUGGAUAACAUCAGUGGCAUAACUGGGUGACAAGACCCCACCGAACUCCAGAAUGUGAGGAGUGGGGAUAAACCAUCAGCGGGCACAAGACCUGUGUGUUACUGGCAUCAGCAGGGAGGCAGAGAGAAGGGUUGGACCCGAAGUGGCCAGCAGCGCUUGUGAGAAGAGUGGACCCAGUUGAGAACGGGUGGAAGCGGGUGUUUUGCCUACUCCAACAGCAGUGAGUGAAGGGAGCACGUGUUUGGAGACAGGUUAGCUGCCCUGUCCACUUAGUGGGUUGGUGUUCUUUUUUUCCCCUUAAAGAUAGAAUUAAAUAUUCAGAAGUUUAGCUCUGUCUCAGUUUGAUACUUUUUCUUUGAAAAAACUAAAGGAUGGAUAUGAAAGCACAUUGACUUGUUUCGUUUGCCAUGCAGAACUGUGGGGUCCAGCGUGGCAGACGCUGGCUGGGUGUCACUGUGGACUUGACACAGGGCUAGCUCAAACCGAGAUGUGCUGUUAACUGUAAAAUACUCGAUUUUGAAGAUGACAUGGAUGAAAAUGUAAAUAGCUCAUUUUUUAAACGUUGCUUAAUGUUGAAAUGAGUAUUUUGGGUGUAUGGCCAAAUAAAAACUAUUAAAGUUCA